AGCGUAUGCGUGCGCACACAAGCACACCACACACAGACGCACACGCAAACAUGCGCACAGACCCACGGGCGCUUAAAUACAGUCAGGCAGGAGCGUCCUUCUCAGUGCCAGUCUCCCUUUGUGAGGAACAAGUUGCCUGUCUUCGGACAGCCGUUCACCUGGCGCCAGUUCUCUGUCAUCAAACAUCCGCAAGACAGACAACUGACCGAGUCGCCUCAGGCCCUACAUCUACGAGACACAUUGGAUGAAAUGCCAGUUGGAUGCCAACAGUGAGCCUUCUCUAACAUCAUUUUGUGACUGAAGUCCUUGUUUCUUCGUCUGGCAGUUGUCGUCAUGACGAUCACUUCCCGGGUGCCUGGCAGCGGGUCAAGGUUGCGCGUCUGCGCAGUCCUUGUUGGAGUCCUAGUCUACCUGUCCCCGUGCGUGCAGCUGUUUAGCUGGCAUGGUGCUUACACCAGCGUCGUCAGCCCUCAGGGAAGGUCGUCCGUGGGGCGUUCACGCUUGGGACAAGAGCCUGCCUGGUACCCGUCCACCUUCUGGUGGAGAAAGCGCAGGCAAUAUCCUUCAUCCGAGGAUGUGGAGGCAGACUUUCUGGGACCUACAUCACCCCGGCUGACGUCAUCAAGAUGGACGGGAAAUAGCGAAGCUCCGGUUACGACCUUGCAGGCCCCUUGUGGAGCGUGGAAAAGUCCUCGGACCUCAGCAAUCAUCUGACCAACGUACCUGCUCAUCCUCUUCGCUACCCGCCUGCAAGUUGGGGUUUCUUGCUGCCAAGCUCCACCCGUUUUCAGGUAAAGCCUCUUUUCACCACGUAUCCGAGCCAGGUCUCCGUGCACUAUGCUUCUCCUCCCACCGUUCCGGUUGACGAAGUUCGGAGAACCCACAGCAGGCGGAAGAUGUCAAAGGGGCGCAACCCUAGUGCAUAUGACAAAGAACGAGAACUCUUAAACAACUUCUUUGACGGUGCUUUCCCCGAAUUGCAAAAGUCUGAUCUGGACGUCACGCCGGCUCACCACACGGAGUCGGGUCUGCCCACAGGAGGUCAAGGAAGAUCAGCAGCAUCUCCCACAGACCUCGUCAAGUCGAGUUCUAAGAAAACUUUCGAAGAACCGACUAUUCCAAACUCUGCUUUCGAAUUCUUCUCCGACGUCCAACCGCUUGAGCAUGAAUGGGGCUCUUUCGUCGGGUCGCCAGACCAUGACUUUUUGGAACGAAGAUGUCCAGCGGAAAUGUCGAGACUGGCCCCAGAGCUGAGAACCCUCGUCACUUCCGCCGAGCGUGACAUUGGUGCGACGUUUGUCAACAACAAGUACCCGAAAGAGAUGAAAGCAAAGUCUCUUCCUGACGAACAAGCUUCCUUAGAGCCGUCGGGAGGCUUUCUCUCUGAAGAUAGAGACUGCGAUGUGAUCCUGACCAAGCUUUGCCAGUCUAAUGGCGACUGUUUGUGUUUCGGCUUCUACACCUGUCAGGCCGGGCAGGUGCAGGGAGAUAGACUCGUCUUCAGAUGACAGCGGUCCCGUGACCAACUACGAGGAGUGGCACGAUGCACCAGUAGAAAACCCCGGGCUGACUCGAGACCGGCGAGCCAGCAACAGUCCGGACGACGUCCCAGCGAAAGACCAGCCACAGAAGGUCAGAGAAGGUACUUAAUGGACGCGACGUCAUUAAGGGCUCAGCGCCUGCGCGUAGAGCUUCUUCCGCUGCCAGCCCUUUGAUCAGCAGCCGCCCAGGUACAACAAUCAGGUGAGGGGAUGGAUGGGGGUUUGGGUUUUUUUGGUUGUUUUUAUUCGUGAGGCCUUCUCGCUGAUUUCUCGGGCUGUGGAAAGCAGAGUUGUCUCCUCUGCAAUGGGUGACGUCAGUAGGUGCACCUCCAUUCCUGCUAAUUAAUUACUUUUGAUUUUUGCAUCAAUGAUUUACGUUGACGAUUAAACAACUCAAUGAAGCUAUGUGGUUGGUUGUCUUUAAUGAAUUACUGAUUAUAGUAAUGAAUCUGAGAGCAGAUAACUUCGAGCUGUUGAUGUAAUUCGCUUUAUACUGGGUUUCCACUUCCAGCUGUAUUGUUUGACUGUCUCUCCUCCGCAUAACGUUUUAACAUGGAAAGUUCUUUGUUACACCAUUUCAACGUUACAGGCUGGAGAAUGCCUUAUGUCAAUGCUUGUUUGUUUUGGUUUAUCAUCCCAAGAAAUUUUCAGUAAACGGCUCUCACUUAAUUAACCAACAACUACUAUGUCCGGAUGGAAUUCAUUCCCUUCGUGUCUUAGGCUUUGUCUCGCUGUGAAUGUGAAUCACAUCUGAGAAGUAUUUCUCUAACAGUUUGUUUUCUAUUCUGCUUCAAGGAUUUUUGUUUAUAAAUUUCAGUCGAUUUCUGUAAGCACUCCUCUUAUGUAGAUGAGAGAAGUACGUUUCUAACGUUAACCCAUCGACUGUGCAAUCUACUCUAAUGUACACAAUUUUUGUUAUAUAUUUAUUAUGCGAUUAUUUUCUCUCCUACUGUGUUAUUAUUGUUCAUAUACCAUCCAUUAGAUUAUUAUCUUGCUCGUGUUAUUUGUUACUUAGGGAAAAACAAUAAAAUUUUGGGAUUUAACGAAAAUAAUUUUCAGUCACAAUGAUGAUAAAAUAUUUCAUUAGACACUUGGAUUACGUCACACGUGUUAUCAUUUCUUUAUUAGGCACUUGGAUUACGUCACAAUUGUUCUCAAUUAUGACAUAGCAUGACGUAAGAAUACACUGUACGAGAUCUAUGACGUGUAUGUAAAUUGACGUAACAGUGGUUAAUAAAGUUAUUAUAUUAUUGUGUUAUUAUUGCUUGUAAUUAUUUGUUUUGCUUCAGUUUCUUUGGGGGAAAACUCUUGUGGACAAUUACAGAAUUAUUAAACUAAAUUCUUUGAGGAAUUACUUUCGCCUUGUCCUUGUGGCGUGAGCAAUCAAUGAGUUGUUACUCGUGAAAACAGACUGAAGUAGAGACAUAGGAAGAGUAUUUUUAUUAAAGGAAUGUGAUUCAC